AUGCCCGAUUCACGCCGCCCGUCGAACGCCUCCUCGAGCGACUCCUCCUCGACCAUCUCUUCGCUCGGCCUGCUCAUUUCCGACGACGAUCUCCUCGCUCUCGCAAACGACGACGUCGACUUCUGGAUGUCGCUGCACAUGUCGGAGUACCCCGUCGCGGACCCCACCUCCUCGCUCCCUCUGAACAAUCCGCUCUUCCGCCUCCUCCGCGACCCACCCUCGCAUGCCGCCAGACCAGCAAAAAACACCGACUCACCAGUCUGGAUCCCCCUUCCUCGCCUCCUCAAGCUCGAGUUCCGCCGGAAUACGGUCGCAGAGUCCUCGCACUCGCCGGGACUCGUCUCGCCACUCUUCCUCCCGCCAACCCUGCCCGGAUCGCUCCCUUCGCUCGUCUCCUCCUCCCCCCCUACCUCCAGCUCUUCCGUCCGUCAAGCCGCUUCUCCCUCGCACAGCAACGACACGCCUCCCGACUCUUUCUCGCCAGGCGAGCCGUCCCCUCGCAAACUCCCCUUUGCGCCUCUCGACUCUCCUCGACUUUCCUACGAUCUCGACCUCGACUUACACCUCCUCGCCGGCGUCGUCGCACAAGAGAACCGUCUGCGCCGCGUUGGAGGCCGUCGACGGACGCACGACGUAGACGCGGUGAGCAAGGACGCUGGAAUGGGCAGGGUUGAAUGCUGGGUCGAGGAUCAGCGAGGCAGGCGGGUCAAGGUAGCGUAA